AUGAAAAGAGCGCCCAGACAUGCUUUUGACAGUAUUUUACUUUUAGGUGGAACCAUGAGUAGCACAGAGCAAUGCUUGUUGGUUGUAGGCAUAGACUUCGGUACGACAUAUUCUGGUUAUGCAUAUUCAUUUAACUAUGAAUAUGCCCUUGACCCCUUAAAGAUUAACGUGAACAAACUUACGCGAACAAGCCAUGGAGCCAAUUUUUACAAAGUACCCACAGCUAUCCUGUUCCACCGUUCACGCACAGAUGAUCAAAGCGUAUACUUUGGCAACGAGGCAGAGGAAACAUACGCAGAUCUAGUGAUUGAGAAAGAAUCACACAAUUGGCUCCUGUUUCGACAAUUCAAGAUGAAUCUUUAUUACGUAAAAAAUCUUAGUCGUGAGACCAUGUUAGAAUCGGCCUGUGGGGUACAUCAUAAGGCUUUGGACGUGUUUUCAAAGUCAAUAGGCUACUUUAAGAGGCACCUGAUGGAAUCGGUUAAAAAUGAAGUAGCUACCAUCACCAUGGAUGAUAUAAAUUGGGUUAUCACUGUCCCGGCAAUUUGGAAUGAUGCUGCAAAACAAUUUAUGACGGAAGCGGCGGUAGAGGCAGGAAUAAAAAAGAAUCACCUCAUGUUGGCCCUGGAGCCAGAAGCCGCGUCCCUGUAUUGCCGCAUUCUACCCGUUGAUAGGAACGAAGAUGCCAGCAACCAAAUCAACGCAUCCCAACCAGGAACUAAGUACAUGACACUGGACAUAGGAGGAGGCACGGUCGACGUGACAGUCCACCAGAUAGAGAGUGAUGGACGUCUCACGGAAAUACACAAGGCAUCUGGCGGUGCUUGGGGCGGAACAAGGGUAGAUGAAAACUUUAUCAAAAAGUUACAUCAGUACUGUGGACAGCAAACGUACGAAGAAUUUGCCACAGAACACCCUGCAGAUCGUGUAGAAUUGCAGCAUUAUUUUGAAUUGGCUAAGAGACGUACAACAAAUGUUCUAGAGGGUGAAUGGAUUAAUAUCCACAUUCCUUACGAGCUGAAAUGCAAAUGGAAUAGAUCAAUUGAGCACUCAGAAUACAAAUGGGCUGGAGAUAAGAUUAGGAUGAAAAGGGAAGUAUUUGAAAAGCUGUUUGAGAGUUCCAUUCAAAGUAUCAUUAACCACUUGUAUGAACUGUUCAAAGCCCUUCAAAAUUUAAACAUAAUGUUUUUGGUAGGUGGUUUCUCAGAAUGUCGAAUUCUUCAAGAUGCAGUAAAGCGCGAGUUUCAGCAGCGUGUGGCGGCAAUUCGUGUGCCCAGAGAUGCGGGGUCAGCGGUGAUGCUGGGGGCGGUACUAUACGGCCAUGAUCAGUCCAUGAUUUGGAAGCGCAUCAGCCGUUCAACAUACGGUGUUGGCGUUUGGACAGAUUUUGACCCAAAAAUCCACUCUCCUGGCAAAAAGUGUGUAGUUGAAGGUAAAGAAUGGUGUAAAGAUACAUUUGAUACCUUUCUGAAAGCUAAUCACACGUAUGAAUGUGGACAAGAAAUUCACAAAGUUUUUCAUCCACUCAAAAGUGAUCAAAAGGAAGUUAGUAUUCCAGUGUACAUUUCACAAAAUGUAGAAGUCAAGUACGUUACAGACCCCAACUGUAAAAUGAUAGGCUGUUUACGUCUUGAAAUGCCCGACACAACACUAGGUAAAAACCGACCGAUCGAUGUAACCUUCAGAGUAGGAGGCACAAAUCUUCAAGUGUUUGCCAUAGACCGACAGCAUGCUGAGACUGUUCAAGCUCAAUUUGACUUUCUGUCACACAACUAA